ACUAAAAACGAAAAAUAACAAAAAAAAAAGAAAGAAACACCCGAAACAUGAAAACAACGUGCAUCGAGACCUGCCACAUUAUCCAAUAAAAAGUAUAAAAUAAUGAAAAAGAGGCGGUAUGGCAUUACAAGGUUGGCGACUUUGCGGCGUAACGGUAACAAUAGUUAUAUACAUUGGAGGUGUUCUCUUUCUUUCCAUGAAUAAUGUUCCUGGUUCACAUCCUAGACGAAUACGUACUGAACGUUUUGCAGAGUUUCCUAAUUAUCGAAAUCAAAAGCAUGGCAUCAAUCAAAAGAUGACAAUUAGAUGGUGUAAAGAAUUAAGAUAUAUGCAACCUGAGCUUCCAGCAGAACCUGCCGAUGCAGCUUCCGAAUUUAAUAAUCCAAAUAUUAGCGAUAACGAUGAUAAUACUAAGACUGGAUUGACAGCGCUGGCGUCUUUUCCGGGAAGCGGCAAUACAUGGCUGAGAUAUUUACUACAACAGUCUACAGGUAUUUUGACUGGAAGUAUUUACAAAGACUAUGGACUACUAAAAACCGGAUUUCCGGGUGAAAAUGUUUGCAACAGCUCUGUGUUAUUAGUCAAAACUCACGAAUGGGGCCCAAAAGCUUGGGCUCCGUUUUCCAAGGCUAUACUGUUAGUUAGGGAUCCAGAAAAGGCGAUUAUUGCUGAAUUUAAUAGACAAAGUGGAGGUCAUGUUGGAUUUGCAUCUCCAGAUCGCUACAAAAGAACAAAAGGAAAAUAUUGGCAACAAUUCGUAACCAAUAAGUUGCGUGGUUGGGAACUGAUGAAUCUCAACUGGGCUAAGAAUUUUACCGGCAACGUCAAAAUAGUUUUUUACGACGAUUUAGUUAACAACGUUGAAACAGUAUUAAGAAGCAUUUUAGAAUUUCUCGAAUUUCCAAUAGACGAGAGUCUGCUGAAGUGUGCACUGAUGCGAAAGGAGGGAAUUUUCCGGCGAAAGAAACGUAUACUAGCAUUUGAUCCUUACACGCCUGCCAUGAGAGCCAACCUUGAGGAACGAAAACAAUAUGUCUUCAGUGUGUUGGGUCGGACUAUGACAACAACAACAAACUAG